UCUGCAGAAAUGAAGCCAAAACGCUUCUGUCACCUUCAGCAGCCCUGCCAAAAAAUGUACCGAUUGCAUGAAAACAGGUUAGGGGUUCACUAAGGUUGCGGGGGAAAUGAAACGGGGGAAAAUACUGCAAUCUGCACCUGCAGAGUUCUGAGCAGAUAAAAUAAAUCCUAAUCAGCAUGUUCGUGACUCAAAAUAACAGGACAGCAGCGUGGUAAUCAGUCGAGUGAGAUAAGCCUCCUGUAUGGGAGCAGCCCACCUGGCCCCCGAUGAUAGUGCAGGACUACAAAAACUGAUGCCAGACACACUUUUCGCACCCAAGUGGUCCAGACACACAGACGAGAUGAGAGGCCUCUGGCUGCUGCUGGCGCUUGUGGCUGCGGCCAAAGCCGAGAAGGUUUUCACUGGAGAUCAGGUCAUCAGGGUCAACGCACAGUCUGAGGAACAGAUCCAACUCCUGCAGACUCUGGAGACUCAACAGGACUGGGAGCUCGACUUCUGGCUCCAUCCGGUCUCCACUGAGCUCCCGGUCGACAUCCGAGUUCCCCGCUUCAGUUUGGGCUUCAUGACGGAGUUCCUCCGUGUCCACAGCAUCCCCCACUCUGUCCUGAUCAACAACCUGCAGGAGCUCCUCGAUGAGGAGAAAGCCGAGAUGGAGGUGAACCAGAGGAAGGAGCGCGGCACCAAGAGCUUCAACUUUGGAGCCUAUCAUCCACUGGAGUCUAUCUACAGCUGGAUGGACACUCUGGUGGCUGAGCACCCUAACCUGAUCACCAAGCAGGAAAUUGGGAAAUCGUAUGAGAACAGGCCCAUGUAUGUUCUUAAGUUCAGCACAGGAGGAUACAACCGCCCUGCGAUCUGGAUCGACACAGGUAUCCACUCCAGAGAAUGGGUGUCCCAGGCUACUGGAGUGUGGACAGCCAACAAGAUUGCCACUGACUAUGGUACCGAUGCCUCCCUGACCUCCCUGCUGAACACCAUGGACAUUUACAUGCUGAUCCUGGCCAACCCUGACGGCUAUGUCUACACCCACACCAAUGACCGUAUGUGGCGCAAGACUCGCUCCCAUAACCCAGGAUCUGCGUGCCGUGGAGUCGAUCCCAACAGGAACUGGGACGCAGGCUUCGGUGGCCCCGGGGCCAGUAAAUACCCCUGCUCUGAUGCCUUCCACGGCCCCUCGCCUCACUCUGAGAUUGAGGUGAAGAACGUGGUGAAUCUGAUCAGGAGCCAUGGCAAUUUCAAGUCCUUCAUCUCCGUCCACGCCUACUCCCAGCUGCUCAUGUACCCUUAUGGCUACUCCUGUGGCAAGGUGCCCGAUCAGCCUGAACUGGACUCUGUUGGUAGAGCAGCAGUGCAGAAACUCACUUCCCUGUAUGGUACCAGAUACAAGGUUGGAAGCAUCUGCAACAUCAUCUAUCAAGCCAGUGGCGGCAGCAUUGACUGGGCUUACGACCUGGGCAUCAAAUACUCCUACGCCUUCGAGCUGAGGGACACUGGUCGCUAUGGUUUCAUCCUGCCCUCCAAUCAGAUCAUCCCCACCGCCUCCGAGACGUGGCUGGCUCUGAAACACAUCAUGGAAUACGUCCGCGACCAUCCUUAUUGAUGAUGGUCAGCUCGCAGAAUAACUUUUUCAUGAGUGUAUGCUGAUGACACUUGACUUCUGUACUGAUCAAUAAAGUAAAGAAUACCUUGUU